AUGUCUGCUGCACCCGCCCCCCACAUCGUGCUCGACAACACACUUGGAGCAGUCUACAUCGGAGUGGUCCUUUCCGCGGUCCUAUUUGGAGUGUCCUGUCUUCAGACGUAUCACUACUACGACAGCUUCCGAAACGACCCGUGGUAUUUCAAGACGUUGGUUGCGGCCGUCUUCAUCUCCGAUGCGACCAACCAGGCCCUCAUCUCGCACACUGGCACCAACUACGACAACCCUGUAGCUUUAACCGAUCUCAUCUGGAGUCUCGCGGUUGAGGUUAUCUUCAAUGGCUUGACAGCUUUCAUGGUGCAAGGCUUCUUCUGCUUCCGCAUCUAUCGAUUAAGCCAACGGAACCUCUACAUCACGCUCCUCACUGUUGCGUCCACCAUCGGCAACUUCUCCGUCUUGCUCGCGUACACCGCUGGCGCACUAGGGCUCAAGAACCUCUUGGAGCUGCCCAAGAUCAAGGCGCUGUCGCUCGCCAUCAACUACAUGGCGGCGAUCACCGAUGUCAUCAUCGCCGCGUCCAUGGUCUACCUGCUCCAAGGCGCGAAGAGUGGCUUCAAGCGGACUGACACGACCGUGAACAAGAUCAUGGUCUUCGUGAUCAACACUGGCUUACUCACCAGUAUAUGCGCGCUCAUGUCUUUGAUCUCGACCCUUGCGUGGCCAAAGGCGUACAUCUACAUUUGCUUCUUCUUCAUCAUCGGGCGGCUGUACAGCAACUCGCUCAUGGCCGCGCUCAAUGCCCGCUCGGGUGGAAGCUUCAGCUCGCUCAGUGGCGCGCGCAGCGGCGAGGGCAUCGUCACCGGCUCCUUCGCCGAGGUGACCCGCGGCGGGCGCUCGCUUCCGCUCGCGAACAUGAAGCCGUCGACGAAGGGCCGCGGGGAGGGCAUCACGAUCACGAUCGACCAGACCACGGACUUGGACGACAGGGAGCGGGGUUUGCUGACAGUGUGGUAUUGUUUCGUGCAGCAGUCGUCGCAUACCCAGUUCAGCGAACGCAAAACGGAAGAAGUCGUCUAA